CCCCCCCCACCACUACACCUUUUCUCAGUAUGUCAAGCCGCCCUGUCAGACAGUGCGCCACGGCCUAACACCAAUAAUAACCUGACUCCUUUUCAUCGCUCUUUUUUUUUUUUUUACUUCUCCUUCCCUCCCAGGCUGUGGGGAGAGUUGGUUUCGCCCCGUAUAUGGGACACGAGAAGGGCCAAACAAACACGCCGCUGCCGUUCCUUCACAUACAUGAAUAAAUGCAGCUUCCUCCGGCGUAACGGAGGGGUUGGAUUGCGCAGGCGCAGUCAGACUUUAACCUGUGCGGUGGGGUUUCCCUGUCUCAGGUGAGUCUCAGGAGCUCAACACUCGCCUUCGGGUUUCACCCCCUCGAGGUGAUCUGAGACUGGCCCAGUGAGCGUCGGCGGCUGAGGGGAUUGUUGGACUGAAUCCAGGUCAUAUAAAGGACCGCGGGAUGUGCCUGAUCGGAACCUGCCGGGCUCGGAGAGCUGAUGAGGGGGCUGUAACUUUGCAGCAUAAUCGUGGCUCCGAUUUCACGCUAGUUUGCUGGUCAUUCAUAACUAAAUACAAUGGGAUUGGCCCACCCCAUUUACUCUGACAGAGGGAGCUUGCUGCAGAUCCCAUUGGUCAAGGAAUUUCAACUAGCAGGAUCUUGGAAAAAGAGCCUUUUAUUAUGACCUCCUGCGCUCUGCAUCAUCUUACUGUCAGAGACAAAUGACCAUGGAAACAGUUGAACCACAAGAUGGCAAUGCAACAGACUCUGUUACAGAAAGUGAUUCUGCCAACAUGCAAUCUCCUAUCGGCCAAAAUCAGAUCUCCACUAUAGCUCAAGUUUCUGUAGCAGGAUCAACAACUGGAAGAGGAUCUCCCUCUAUAACUGUAGUGCAGUUCCCUUCUGGCCAAACUGUCCACGUACAGGGAGUGAUUCAAGCCACACAAUCUUCGGUAAUUCAGUCACCACAGUUGCAAUCUGUUCAGGUAGCUCCAGCUACAAAUGCAGAUGAAUCUACAGAAUCCGAGGUGGUAAUUGAUUCUCAGAAGCGGAGAGAGAUACUUUCAAGGAGGCCUUCAUAUCGAAAAAUUCUGAAUGAGCUUUCUUCUGAUGCACCUGGCGUUGCUAAGAUUGAAGAAGGAAAACCAGAGGAAGAAGGAGCACCCUCUGGAAUCCCUGCCAUGGCCGUGCCAACCAGCCUUUAUCAGACUAGCACCGGGCAGUACAUUGCUAUAGCCCAAGGUGGAACCAUCCAAAUUUCUAAUCCAACAUCUGAUGGUGUUCAAGGAUUACAAACAUUAACUAUGACAAAUUCAGGAGCUCCUCAACCUGGUGCUACGAUUGUACAAUAUGCAGCUCAAACACCUGAUGGCACUCAACAGUUCUUCGUACCUGGGAGUCAGGUUGUUGUCCAAGCUGCUACAGGUGACAUGCCAACAUACCAAAUCCGUACUCCAACCACAGCCUUACCUCAAGGAGUCGUCAUGGCAGCUUCCCCAGGAACACUGCAUAACCCACAGCAGCUAGCAGAAGAAGCAACACGUAAAAGAGAACUAAGGCUUAUGAAAAAUAGGGAAGCUGCAAAAGAAUGUCGACGAAGGAAGAAAGAAUAUGUGAAAUGUCUGGAGAGUCGUGUUGCAAUGUUAGAAGUUCAAAACAAGAAACUUAUAGAAGAGCUAGAAACUUUAAAAGACAUUUGCUCUUCCAAGACAGAUUAGUGUCGAUACUGAAACUGUGAACUGAGUACAGCAUGUACAAAUGCUUCUGCAGAAAAUGUCUAGUCAAAAGAAUUAUGACUUUUCCUUUCUAUCAUUUGUAUUCUACUCCACCUCUAACAUUCCUGAAACACUCUGCUGCUUUUUCUAGAUUAUUAAAUGAAACUUCACCUCACCUUUUCUCACCCAGAAAGAUUCAAAUAUUUUAAAAACACAGUGUAUGUCCCCCAUGUUUUUACAGGAAGCAUGUGUAAGAGCUGCUCCUCUACCUAUUAUUUGCAUUAUUUUCUUUAUAUUAGUGUCCCACUUGCACCAGUAUUUUAAAUUGAUCAAAGAUAAUCUAACACAAUAAAAUGAAAACCACCCAAAGUAUCUCAGGAAGAUGUUAUAUAAACAUGUGCGUUGCUAUGACGUAUGUGUAUUAGAAUACUAGUUUACAAAUGAAUUUAUGGCAUAUUUUUGUAUUCAUUGCUUUGUGAAGAAAAUAUUGUAUUGCUGUCACUGAGUGCCAUGGUUGAAACUACUUUAAAUAGAACCAUGUUGCGUAAA